GUCACACCUGUGUGCCAGCUGCAUUCUGUCAGUGUUGGUCAGUGUGGUUUGUCGUGUCGCUCCUAAGAGUGUAAUGUGGUUUAUCGAACAAUUACUACAUGCAACACAGUUUCACUCAUUUUUUUUAAAUAGUAUUUUUUAUUGAUUUUUAUCGGUAUGGCUUGGCUGUCUGGUCUUGCUGAUAAGGCAGAGAAUUUAUUAAAUAAAAUUGAUAAAAACACAGCAGCUGUCUUGAAUAAAGACAAAUACGAGAUGCCACAUAGUCAUCUGUCAGAAGUUACAUGGCUUUCUCCGGAAGCUGGUCGACCUGAAACUACAUCCAAGACACCGUUAUUGGAAUCAUUAAGUCAUAUUCCCUAUGUUGCACCUACUUCAAAUUUGACAUCGGUGAAUCUGUUAAAUGUAACAGCACCCAAAGAGGAUGCACUAUUUACAUAUUUGAAUACUCCAGAUCUGAGUCCAAAAAGGACAGUCGAAUCUUUCAAAUCACCAUCAACCACCUCUUCGUUAUUAGUAGAACAUCCUACCGACGACACAGAUUCAGAGCUAUCGAUUCAUAGCAGCCGGGCUAGCCCAACACCAACUCACAUGUCAAUAGAAAUGAUUCCAAAUGCUUUAGACGAUAGAGAUGCCGAAAUAGAUACAGAAGAUGGAAGUUCAUAUUUAUCUAAUGAAAUACAGACUGUGCAUUAUGAAGAUCCGGAUAAAGCAAUACCAGAAGUUACACAGAAUGAACAUGAUAAUGUCGAAGAACAUUUGAAUGUUUCUUAUUUGCAAUCCAGAUACAAAGUAAAGCCAAAUUAUUCACAAACGGAUAAUUCAGAUAAUUUAACCGAUUUUGUAGAAAAUAAAUCUGUACCAAAGUAUACAAGGGAGACGGAAGGUAACUCGGAGAAACAAAAUGACUUACUUGAAAAGCAAGAAACAGAUCAGCAAAAAGAGAUUAUAUUUCUAAAUGAGAAAUUGAAAUCUUUGGAAGCGGAAAAGUUAGAACAAUCAAAGCAAAUAGUAGGUUUGCAAUUUGUCAUUGACAGAAACAGACAAGAAUUAAACUCUGUUAGAUCUGAAUUGGAGCAGCACAAGGCUAGAGCAUUGAAAACUUUACAGGAGAAAGAAAAACUUAUAGCAGAAUUGAAAAGUAGUGCACCAACAGCUAUGGAUGAAGCCACCAUUAUGGAAUUAAACCAAUUAAAACAAGAACGCGACAGUGUGAGAGAGGAAAAUCAGCAAAUGUGUCAGCAGCUGAGAAUGCUACGCGAAGAAAUGAUAAAUGCAGAUUUAAACUUGGAAAAAAUAAGACAAAAAUCAGUUGAAACAAAUUUACAAAAUCAAGAAAUACUUACUAACGAGAGACGUCGAAGAUUAGAAGCAGAAGAAGAUCUGAGGCUGCAUUCUGAGGAAAUAAGAUCUUUGAAAGAUGAAUUAAUUGGCCAAGGUAAUGGAUACAGUUUGCAAAUACAAAAACAAAAUUCGGAAAUUUCUAGACUUAGGUCGCAGUUAUCUGCAUCAGCAACACCAAGUAGUGAAGUGGAUUCGAGAAUAGGAACUCUUACACAAACUCUGGUUUUAAAACAACAAGCUUUAGAGUGUUUGACAACAGAAAGAAAUGCAUUACGUCUUCAGUUGGAAAAGAUUGAACACGAAUACAGAAAUGCAGCAUGCAAUUUACGAAGAAACAUAUCGUAUAAUAAUAUAAACGAUACAGAUGAUGCAAAAGCGCAAGUUCCCACGUUUUUAAUGGAAACACCGUUUGAUACUAGUGUUACUAGAAGAGUGAAGAGAGCUUAUUCUUCACUUGAUGCUAUAAGUAUUCGAACAGGGGUAUUUUUAAGGAGAUAUCCACUAGCAAGAAUUUUAGUAUUGAUUUAUAUGGCACUGCUACAACUGUGGGUUUUGGUAGUACUCUUUUCUCAAUCACCCGAAGCGCAUUAAUAGCAAUAUUUUAAACUAAAAAUAACGAUAUAUUUAUAGAAGAUUCAAUUUUUUUGUGGAUAUCGGAGAGUAACAUUUAUAUCAAACAGAUCAGAUCUUGUACGAUUUAGCAUAUCUUUACUCAUAAAAUUAUUGUUGAAUGGAAAUUUGAAUAAAACAACAUAGUGAUUAAUCUCAGUGAUAGUUAUAAAAUAAUAUAAUUAAGUCUUUAUUUUUUUACAUUUUUAAAAGGUGAUAUGAUGUUACAAGAGUAAAGGUGUAUGGGCAGCGUUAAGAUAAAAAUAGGCAUUGGAAAACAUUAAGUGUAAAUAACUUAUUAAUACUAUUUUUUUAUAUACUUAUUAAUUAAAACAAAGGUUAGAAUUUAUGAUGAUAUAAACUGUUCAUUCAUUUAACACAUGUUAGAUCAUAUUGAUAAUGGAUGCAACGAUACCAAAUAUAUGCUUUCUUUUAAUCGUU